AUGCAUACCCAUCUCGUCUCAGCUCCGGCCACUUUCUUCUUCAUCAUAAUAGCAAUAACCUUAGUCCAGUUUCCAGUACCAUCUGUGCACGCUGUUGAUGAUGACCGGUACCUCAACUGCAGCGAAACCUUUGCAUGUGCGGAUAUUAUGAACCUCGGCUAUCCUUUCUGGGGAUCAAAUCGGCCUGAAUAUUGUGGGUACCCGGGUUUCGAGUUGAACUGCAGCGUCAAUCCCCCGCAGCUUAAUGUCGCGGACAUGUAUUACCGAGUUUUUGAAAUCAAUAGCGUGGCGCGGAGUCUCAAGGUUGCUAGAGUGGAUUACUGGAACACGACUUGUCCUGCUAUUCACGCUAAUACAACCAUAGAUCGCAGCACUCUCUUUUCUUAUACUUUAGGUACUACCAACCUGACACUCUACUACCACUGCCCUGCUUCUUCAAUAUCUCGUCUUCCAACAACUCAGACGGCGGAUGGUUUUUCGUUUACUUGCGCCGGAGACGCUAACAACUUUACCAAUUACUAUUCGAGCUCCUCGAUUAAUAGCUUAUUGGGGUUGUGCGCGAACAACGUUAAAGUUCCAGUAGCUGAAUGGGGCACACCUAAUAACCAUAGACUGUGGACAGCUAUUAAUCUUGGCUUCAUGGUGGGGUGGAAUGCAAAUAACACCAUGUGCGAUAGAUGUGAAGGGUCCGGUGGGCAAUGUGGGUUCAACACCAGCACGAAUGCUUUCGCUUGCCACUGUAAACCUGGGUCUUUUCCAGCAACGUGUGGAUCAGAUAUUGGUAAGUAUCCAUUUCACUGGUUAAUUUAA